AUGAUUCUAAGCAAGCGCAGCAAUAGAUUGAGCGUUCUGCGGAACUAUUACAGCGUGUGGGUGGGGUAUAACCAAAAUGUACAGCAGGUAGAGAACUUCAAGAACAGUCUGAACUAUCUGUUCAAGCCAAAGAGCAUUGGAGUGAUCGGAGCAACGGAAAGGGCCGGAUCCGUAGGAAAUUCUAUCGUAAAGAAUCUUAUGCAGGGAGAAGAAUCUUACAAACUAUACUUUGUCAACAGUAAGGGAAAUAAAGUGUACAACCGAGAUAGCUACAAAACAAUUGGAGAUGUUCCAGAGGAAAAUAUCGACUUGGCCGUCAUAGCCGUUCCAAGGAAUCACGUCUUAGGAGUGAUGAAGGAUUUGAAAAGUAAAAAUGUAAAAGGUGUAGUAAUCGUAACUGCUGGUUUUAAGGAAACAGGUUCAGAAGGAACAAAGCUAGAGCAACAAAUCAUAGAUGUAGCAAAAACUAAUGGGAUCAGAAUUAUAGGCCCAAACUGUCUAGGUAUUAUCCAUUCUUACCACAAUAUGAACGCUUCCUUUGCUGACAACACAAUAUUAAAAGGGAAUUUUUCAUUGCUAUCUCAGAGUGGAGCCAUCUGUUCAGCUGCGUUAGAUCUAUCUCUACAACACAAUAUCGGAUUCUCUCACUUCAUUUCGGUUGGUUCUAUGUGCGAUGUGCAGUUUUAUGAAUUAGUGGAGUAUCUUUUCUACGAUGAGAACACCAAGUAUAUCCUACUCUAUGUAGAAUCCAUCGGAGACAUGAACAAAUUUAUGGCCGUUUGUAAGAAGGUCUGUCUGUACAAACCCAUUAUCCUUUUGAAGAGUGGAAAAACGGCCAAAGCAGCAGAAGCAGCUAUUUCACAUACUGGUUCUAUGGUCGGAAAUUACGAAAUAUUCUAUGCAUCUAUGAAAAAAUUAGGGGUUCUAGUAGUAGAUAAUUUUGAAGAACUAUUCAACAUGUGUAAAAUACUUAACCUCUCCAAAUAUCCAGAGACGAAUGAAGUUUGUGUAGUGACCAAUGCAGGAGGUCCAGGGGUUCUUCUCGUAGAUAAUAUUACCAGGAAUGAUGGGAAUUUAUCCAAGCUGAAUGAUAAUUUAAAGAAAAAGCUAGAUGCAUUUUUACCCCCUUCAUGGAGUAAAGCCAACCCAGUAGAUAUCCUUGGAGAUGCUUCUCCAUUGUUGUAUAAAAAAACAAUAGAAGCGCUAUUAAAAGAUGAACAAUUUAAGAAUAUCAUAAUUUUGUUGUCUCCACAAAGUGUUACUGAACCAAUGAACACUGCAAAGGAAAUCAUCAGCGUAAAGGAUGAUAUGGCCAAUAAGGGAAAACUGCUUCUCUGCAACUACCUAGGAGGAGUAUCCCUAGAAGAAUCUACUAACUUUCUAAAUAAAAAUAACAUACCAACCUUUAUUCACCCAGAGCACUCCGCACAAAAUUUGUUGAAGCUGUAUAAAAAUAUCAUUCACAUUCAGAACUUGUAUGAAGAAAUCCCCACCUUCCUGGCAGAUGCAGAACAGAAUCAUUAUGUGAAUGGAAUCAUCUAUAAACACCACUUUGGAAAAAAAAUUAACGUCGACCACUCCAACGUGGGUGAAAAGGAAGGAAACACUAAACACCACAUCAGUAGCGGCACACCAGAAGACAUAAUACAGAAUGCCCUGAAAAAUAAAAACUACAUUUUAAAUGAAUUUGAUUCCAAAAAAAUUCUCCAGAGUUAUGGCAUACCAACCGUUUCAACAGAAGUGUUCUACACCUUAGAAGAAAUACAAAAUAAUCUUUCAAAAAUCACCUUCCCCUGUGCCAUGAAAAUAUAUUCGGACACCAUUACACAUAAGAAGGAUAUUGGGGGAGUUAUCCUUAACAUUAAGAAUAAGGAAGAACUCAUUGAAUCAUAUAAGACUAUUCACCAAAACGUAAAAAAACAUAACCUAGAAAGUGAAUUCAAAGGAGUUACCAUUCAGACCAUGAUAGACACAAACGAUGGAAUUGAAUUAAUAUUAGGAUACUAUUUUGAUCAGAACUUCGGACCCGUUUUAAUGUUCGGUUCAGGUGGAUCCUACGUAGAAAUAUUUAAAGAUAAUGUUCUCUUGAUUCCCCCGCUGAGUUAUUCGUAUACCCACCACAUGAUGAAGGAAACAAAAAUUUAUAAUGCCUUAUUGGGCAAAUCUUCGAGAUUUAAAAAAUGUGAUAUGCCAAUGCUCAUUAACAAGAUUAUCAACUUUUCCGAUCUUAUUUUGGAUCUCCUUCCUUAUAUCAACGAGUGUGAUAUAAACCCCUUGUUCGUUUCAGGAAGCAACAUUGUGGCGCUCGACGCUAGAUUUACCCUCCGAAAAAAUGUAAACGCGGAGACGUUCAAGUCUGCCAAGAACAACUCCCUGUACAGCAACUUCGCGAAGAAGUACCCAGUCGAUAUGGUCUUCUUUGAUGGGGACACUUCCGGGGAAAAAAGCAAAAAAGGCCAAGAAGCAGACGCACAGGUGAAGAAGGAUGCAUCAUGUGAAGGAACUACCCCACCAGUGGACCUCCCUCACCAGUUCGCUUCCGUCACCAGGUCCAUCCAUCCCUACGAUGUCAAACUUAUGCACACCUUUCUCCAAAAGAACGCCAAAGAAUUACACCAGAGUACCUUCUUCUUCACCACGGAGGACACCAUCAAGACGAAGCUAUUUGCCUUCGAGCUGUGCAAUGCGGAUUACGACCUUUACAAUGUUAUUCUCCACAUGCAGAACAACAAAGUUAGCGGCUUGAUAAAAACAGAGAAAAGGCAAGAUUCCAACCAUUGCUAUCCUUAUGCAACGGAUGCAGCCACUUUUACGCACUUGAUCCAGAAGCUAAAUUCUUUUUCGAACAAGCAAAAUUGCACAUCGAACUUUGUGUACCUUAAGAAGGACUCCCCCUUUGCGGAACAACUCAAGUCCAUGUCCUACGAGGUGGACUACGAGCAAGGGGAUAUAAUCUGCUACGUUGGCGCUACCAAAACGAGCUCGUAA